GUCGCGUUCCAGUACUUCCGGGGCGAGUCGGAAGUUGCUUUGUUUUGCUUCAAGAUGGCUGCGGGGAUGUAUUUGGAACAUUAUCUGGACAGUAUUGAAAACCUCCCCUUUGAAUUACAGAGGAACUUUCAGCUCAUGAGGGACCUAGACCAGAGAACAGAGGACCUGAAGGCUGAAAUUGACAAGUUGGCCACUGAGUAUAUGAGUAGCGCCCGCAGCCUGAGCUCCGAGGAAAAACUGGCCCUUCUCAAACAGAUCCAGGAAGCCUAUGGCAAAUGCAAGGAAUUUGGUGACGACAAGGUGCAGCUUGCCAUGCAGACCUAUGAGAUGGUGGACAAACACAUUCGGCGACUGGACACAGACCUGGCCCGUUUUGAGGCUGAUCUGAAGGAGAAACAGAUCGAGUCAAGCGACUAUGACAGCUCUUCCAGCAAAGGCAAAAAGAAAGGCCGGACUCAAAAGGAGAAGAAAGCUGCCCGUGCUCGGUCCAAAGGGAAAAACUCGGACGAAGAAGCCCCCAAGGCUGCCCAGAAGAAGCUAAAGCUUGUGCGCACAAGUCCUGAGUAUGGGAUGCCCUCAGUGACCUUUGGCAGUGUCCACCCCUCUGAUGUGUUGGAUAUGCCUGUGGAUCCCAACGAACCCACCUAUUGCCUUUGUCACCAGGUGUCCUAUGGAGAGAUGAUUGGCUGUGACAACCCUGAUUGCUCCAUCGAGUGGUUUCACUUCGCCUGUGUGGGGCUGACAACCAAGCCUCGCGGGAAAUGGUUUUGUCCACGCUGCUCCCAAGAACGGAAGAAGAAAUAGAUAAGGGCCUCAGAUUCCAACAGGGUUUCUUCCACACCCCUGACCUGGGCUGGUGGGCAGAGGAAGGCCUGUGCUGGGGCCGGGGUCGGGGAGAAGCGGCUGGCAGUCUGUCAUCGCUCCUGCUCCGGCCCCUCGGGGGCUGAGGCUGCACCCAGCCCUGGUAGGGAGGGGAGCUGCAGCCGCCAUGCUGGCUCCGCCCUCCCCGUCAGAGAAGUGGUCUGGCCCACUGUCCUCGUGCCUCCUUGCCGGCCGAGGUGGGUGCUGUAUCUCGGGCGGGUCUCUUUCUCCCGUGCUCUGUAUUUAAGGGCUGGGGCAGUAGCAUUAGGGCACGCCCCAGCCCUCAACCCCUGCGCAGUGGGGGACGAGGUGUAAUAAACAUUCUGCUCCAUGCUCCUCCUGCUUUUGUCAUGGUGGGAGGGUCUUCAGGUCCUCCUGCCAGGGCUCUUUGUGAAGGGCCAGGGCUCUUUGUGAAGGGCCGCCUCUUCCUCUGGGCCAAGGACAUUCAUCCUAGCCUCGUUCGUGGGCCAGGUCAGUUCGUGGGCCAGGUCACGGUGGAAGGGACAGAACUCAUGCGUGGAAGGACCUGGGUGGGUAGUAAAAAGGCCGCCUGUUGGCCUGGUGUGGUUGCUGUAGAGACGCCAUUUUUGUCCGUGUGCUGUGCUGAGCAUUGUUUUUACGUGGUCGGGAAAGAGGCAGGACAGUGGUUAAGCCAGAAGUAGGACAAGUCGGAAAACCAGAAGCAAGACCUGGGCGCCAGAAUCCAUGCUUCAGACCGGACAGGACAGGAUGGAGCGGGAGGGUGCCUGCAACCGGGCCCUCCCCGUCUGUAAAUAGUGUACCUUCUCCCCAUCAAACACCCGCUUCAUUUCCAAUAAAUGACGGAUCUGUCACCUAUGUAUACCACGAUACUAAA